CCGGGACCUGCCCGCCGGGACCUGCCCAGCCAGCCCGGCGACUCGGCGGCGCGCAGCAGGCAGCGGGCGGGCUGCGGCCGUUCCUGCCCGCUCCUACCGGCACCGGUACCGGGCCGCGCUUCGCUCCGCGCAGGCACCAGUGAGGCCGUGGCUGUGAGACCCCAGCUCUUCUCCACUGUUCCUGCCCGCCGCCAGCGGGUCUCGGGCACUGCACAGCCAUGACGACCUCGGCGCUGCGCAGGCAGGUGAAGAACAUCGUGCACAACUACUCGGAGGCUGAGAUCAAAGUGCGGGAGGCCACCUCCAAUGAUCCCUGGGGACCACCCAGCUCCCUGAUGUCAGAGAUCGCCGAUCUCACCUUCAACACGGUGGCCUUCGCUGAGGUCAUGGGCAUGAUCUGGCGGCGGCUGAACGACAGCGGCAAAAACUGGCGUCACGUCUACAAAGCCCUCACCCUCCUGGACUACCUCAUCAAAACUGGCUCCGAGAAGGUGACCCACCAGUGCCGGGAGAACCUCUACACCAUCCAGACACUGAAGGACUUCCAGUACGUGGACCGUGACGGCAAGGACCAGGGCAUCAACAUCCGAGAGAAGGUGAAGCAGGUGAUGGCUUUGCUGAAGGACGAGGAGCGGCUGAAGCAGGAGCGGGCACACGCGCUGCAGACCAAGGAGCGCAUGGCCCUCGAGGGCAUGGGCAGUGGCAGCCACCAGGUCACCUACGGCCGCCGUGCGUCACCCUAUGGCGAGGAGUAUGGCCGGGCACGGGGCUCACCCUCCUCCUUUAACUCAUCAUCCUCAUCCCCACGGUUUGCCUCUGACCUGGAGCAAGCGAGGCCCCAGACAACAGGCGAGGAGGAGCUGCAGCUGCAGCUUGCACUGGCCAUGAGUCGGGAGGAGGCAGAGAAGAAGCCACUUCCUCCAAUUUCCAGUAGAGAUGAAGAAAGGCAAUUGCAGCUAGCGCUCGCGCUGAGCAAAGAGGAGCAUGAGAAGGAGGUGAGGACUUGGCAAGGGGAGAACUCCCUGAUGCAGAGACCUGUGGAGGAGCCUGCCCAGGGCAGGGAGGAAGAGGAGGAAGAAGAAAAGAUGAAGAAAAGCCAGUCUUCUAUCAUGGAGCUGGCAGAUAUUUUCGGGCCGGCACCAGCUCCCUCCAGCCACACGUCUGCUGACCCAUGGGAUAUGCCAGAUAUGAAACCCAAAGCAGAGCCAGCAGCCUCUGCCUGGACGGGUGCUGCUGACCCCUGGGUGCCGGUCCCGGCUGCGGGUGGGGAGCCCCUCUCCCAGGCGGGUGCUUCAUCCCAGCAAACCUCUGCUGGUCCUUGGGAUUUCCCCCCUGGCACCACCACUGCUGCCACCUCCGACCCUUGGGGGAAGGCUCCCUUGUCUUCUGGCUUCCCUCCUGCGGAUCCCUGGGUGACAGCAUCCCCCCCAGCCCAGGCCCCUGGUUCUACACCAGCUGCUGAUCCUUGGGCUGCUGUGGCUGAACAACCUCCUAACCCUGCUCCAGGGGGAGACGCUUUCGAUCUGUUUGCAAAGCUGCCGGAGCAGGAUUCCUCACAGCCACCCUCCUCUGCCAAGUCCAACAGCCCCGUCGAGCUGGACCCCUUUGAUGACCUGUUCCCCAGCACCAAGCAGGAUGGAGCGAAGAGCUUCGACCUCACCAACCUGGCUGAGUCCCUACCCGAAUCCAGCAAAGAACGGAAGGACUGUAAAACCCCUGAAGCCUUCCUUGGCCCCGCUGCCUCCUCCCUUGUCAACCUGGACUCCCUGGUCGCACCUGCACCAGCCUCCAAGACACGCAACCCCUUUCUCUCCGGUCUAAGCACGCCGUCCCCCACCAACCCUUUCAGCCUCGCCGAACAGCCCAAGCCGACGCUCAACCAGAUGCGGACCAGCUCGCCGGUGCCCGCCCUGCCCACCGGCCUCCCCGCCAACUCCAUGACCUACAGCGCGUCCCUGCCGAUGCCCCUCAGCAGUGUCCCCACCGCCGCCACCGCCCUCCCCAUCUCCGCCAGUGCCUUCCCCCAGGCCGGCACCUUUCCCGAGCUCCCCACCACUUUGCCGCAGCCGUUACUGCCCAUGAGCGGCCCCUCGGCCCCACCGCCCGCUCCGGGGGGGCUCAACCCCUUCCUCUGAAGUCUCUGGACCUAUAAACUCUCAUCCCUUCCCCGGCUGUUACAGACCCCCCCCCUCGGCCUUUUCUCCCACCAAGACCGUGAGGGGGCAGAGAUGCGCCAUGCCGGGAGGGUCCCCCCCACGCCAACCUCCUCCCUAUGCCCACCGGCUGGGGGGGGGAGGGCAGCCGGAGUGAGCCCCCGUGCUCGACAGGGGAGGGGGGACCGCGCUCCUUUCCC